UGCAACCGUCAGAUUGAAAACGAUGCAACCUCUUCUUUCAUUUCGCUCUCACUCACAAACACUCUCUUAUAAUUACCUUAUUACCCUUCCCUUCACCAUUUUCCUCCCCCCAAUUUUACUCACUCACUCAACAUUCAACAACAACUCCCAUACCCAAACUCCCCUUCUCUCCCUUCUGGAUUCUUGCGCCUUCAGAAUCUUUUCCCCCAUUAUUCUCCCUGCUUCUUUCCUCACACUUCCUCCUCAUAACCCAAACCCAUUGGGAUCCUCACGAGAUAGAUUCUUUCAUCACCAACUUCCAACCUCUCACACCUACUACUUCUACUACUUUGCUAAAUGCUGGAGUCGACCACCACCGACACGCCUUUUCUUCGCUUUGCCAUUUUCAGGUUUUUGGAUUUUCAUUUCCUGUCUACUCCUCCUGCACGACCUCUUUCAUUUGAGCUUCAACAGAUUUUUUUCAAGACGGCUAGUCCUGUUGGUGAUCUUGUAUUUUCAUCUAAUAUUGAAGUGAAGGCUUGACCUUGAAAUGAGCUAUAUCCAAAUAAAGUAGGAACACUGCAAAUACAGCUGGACUUUACUGAACCUAUAUGGUUACAUGGAACAGUUUGAAAUUGAAAAAUAUUCAGAUGAUCAACAAUCCUUGGGUACCUCUGGGCGAGUUUCUCUGUGUGCUACAAACCAAAAUUUAAAGCUGCACGAGAAGUUCAAAAAAGAAAGGCAUAGCUUUACAUAUGGUGACGUCCAUGAUUGCCCUUAUAAAACUUCAAGAAAUCAUCAGAAGGAUGAAAUUUCAGGAAAGAUAACCAAGAAGGAUGAAAUUGUGAGAUACAUGUCAAAUUUACCUUGCUAUCUAGAACGUGGUGAACACCCUCAGGAAAAAGUUCUUAGUGUGGGGGUUCUCAACUGGGGGCGUCUUGAAAAAUGGCAGUAUGGUCACAAACAAUUAUCAAGCAGAAGUAGCUGGAAUCCAACAGUCAGAAGUAACGGAUCUUCAUCCUCUUCAUCUGAUAGCUUUUCUCCCCACUUUGGCAAAGAUCACAUCAUUCCUCGUCCAAGAUUACAUCGGCCUUCACUCUAUUCUCACCUGUUAGCUUCUCCUCAUUCUCAAUUUGUUAGAUCCUAUGGAGAAAGUGAUGAAAAAGACAAAGAUCUUAAAUUUGUCCAUAGUAACACCUUAAAAGGCCAAAGCAAGUCCAUAAAAAGCAACCAGCAUUCAUGUAAAUCUGAUCGGGAAGUAAAGAUAAAACAGGCAGACAGAGCAGGUCCAGAGACAGAAAUUCUCCAAGAAUGCAAAACUCUGCCAGAUGUGCUAAACUAUGAGGUUGCAUCUUCUCAAUGUGGGGAGCUUAUUGGAGCAGAUAAGUCUCAUGCACAAAAAGAUUCUGCGGAUGAGCACGAUGUGUUGGAAAGGCCUGAAGCAAUUGUCCUUUUGCCCUGCAGCUUAGUGAAAAUGAAUGAUAAACAAGUCCCCGAGCUUUCAGAUUCUACAUUCUUGUUAAGUCUACGGUCCAACAAAGCAAGUCAGCAAUGCUCAAUGAGGAGGUCAACAGCGAGUUUCUCUCCAGAGCUCAACUGCAAGAUCCCAAACUCAAGCAAAGCACCUUGUGAAGUUAAUGGAAAUCAGUUUCCACUAAAGCAAAAUUGUUCCACAAAUGCAUCCAGUAAUUCUCGCUCUGUAUCCAGGUCAGCUAAAGCAGGAUGUAGUCCAUGCAAAUCUAGAGUAUCUGCAGCAGAAACAUCAGAUGUUACACCUUUAAGUUCAGUGGUCAUGGAGGCAUCUAUUGGAUUGGAUCUGAAAGCAAGCACAGUUACUGUUGAAAAAGCAAGAAGCCCUUCACCCUUUAGUCGAUUAAGCAUCAGCAUGGGUAGGAGACGUAAAAGUUCCAAUUCCGUGGGGAAUUCCUGUGCUAGUGUUCAAGGUUCAGCUCACAUAUCUGUCCAAUCUGGAUCCGAGAAUGCUAUGCCUUCAGCUUGUUUGAGUGAGUUGAGAAAUGAUAAACCCAUCAAUACAAGCAGAGCUAGUUCCAGCCCUCUUAGAAGGUUGCUGGAUCCUUUACUAAAGCCAAAGGCUGCAGUAUAUCAUCAUGCCGUAGAGCCUACAGAGAAAGACUUACAUGAUGUGCCUGAUAAAAUAUAUAACAGACAGUCAAAUUCGUCAACCUUACAAUCAAGGAUGCUUAAGCUAGACAUGGGCAGAUGCAGGAAAAUCAGUGUCAACGAUACAGCUCUGGACAAGAAGCAGGGAUCUUCUGUAGUUCAUGCCCUUCUGCAAGUUGCAUUUAAGAAUGGUUUGCCUUUGUUCACUUUUGCGGUCGACAAUGUUUCCAACAUUCUUGCAGCCACGGUGAAGUUAACCAGUUCCAGAAAAGGGACAGUUAGCCAUGUCUAUACCUUCUUCAUUGUUCAGGAGGUUAAAAGAAAAACUGGAAGUUGGAUAAAUCAAGGUAGCAAGGGGAAAGGUCGUGAUUAUGUCUCCAAUGUCAUUGCACAAAUGAAUGUUUCUGAUUCAGAAAUUUCCCGGGUGACCAGACCAUAUAAUCCUUCUACCAGAGAGUUUGUGUUAUUUUCUGUGGAUUUGAAACAGGGAGAUCACCAGACCUCAGAUUUCCUACCAAACGAAGAGCUAGCUGCUAUAAUUGUCAAAAUACCCCCCAAAAUCAAGCAAGGCACUGCCACUGAUGAGGUUAAAAUAAAUACUAACAAAAAUUUGACCAAGGGUGGAUCUAGAGAAUGUUUUCCUCAUUCCAAGGUUAGUGAGCCGGUUCAGCAUCCUGCUGGUAGUGAGUCCUUUAUUAGUACAACUGUUUUACUCCCAAGCGGUAUCCAUAGCCUCCCGAGUAAAGGCGGACCUUCAUCACUAAUUGAGCGUUGGACUUCUGGUGGAUCAUGCGACUGUGGGGGCUGGGAUUUAGGUUGUAAACUCAGGGUUUUUGCCAAUCAGAACCAAAUAAUCGAGAAAUCAAGUUCUUCUCAACCUGUUCCACUAACAGAUCAAUUUAAGCUUUUCCCUCAGGAAGGAGUACAAGAAAACCAUUGCGUCUUGAGCCUGGCUGCUUUCAAAGAUAUGAUAUACUCAAUUGAGUUUGAUUCUUCUUUGCCACUUCUGCAAGCGUUCUCUAUUUGUCUGGCAAUGAUAGACUGUAAGAACUCAUCCGAACUUUCAGAAUCAAGUAUCUUAUUUGAAGCAAAAACUUCUGGAGAAUCAAAGUUAAUGCAUAAUGAUAGAUUGUGGACUACUAAUCUUGGUGAAAGAGAGGAUCCUGCAGAACACAUAUCUUGUCCGCCACUUUCUCCUUUUGGAAGGGUCUAGCUGGAAACCUGGACUUUGUUGGAUGUGUAAAUGAUUUCAGGUACACAUUUCCAGGCCCGGCAAUCACAUUUUAUUCUUGUUGAUCGGGACCUUUCACAGAUAGAUCCAAAACCUGAAGGACCUUUUGUUAGAUCCAAAACCUGAAGGACCUUUUGUUUCUAGAAUGCUCUGUUCAAUAGUGGUCAGUCUAUACAUAGUCUAAGGUCUUUGUAACUUUCAAUAUUUUUUUUUGGUUAACAAUAGAGGAAAAAUAUAGUAUGUACUUUUAAGGGAAGUAAUCAAUAUCCAUCUAAGUGUGCAUAUUCAUGAGUAGAUUGUGUAAA